CACGUCUACUGAACAUCAAUGAACGCGUGGUCUAAAAUUUACUGAAUCUUGCCAGUUAACUUUCACAAUUUUAUCAGUACGUUGUUGAUAAAGGUUGAGAAACAAUGCCGCCCGGAAAUAAAGAAAACGAACCUAAUAUCACCGAAAAUUAUCACGUAAACAGUAUAAAUAAUGAUGUUGAUUAUGACGCAGGGGAUGAUAAUGGGUUUGAUUCACCGGGGGUUACACUCAGGAGGAACUUUAAAUUUGACACUGAUCUGGCCGGAAGCAACCCGAAUAACGAAACAAAUAAAUUGUAUCAAAGGUGUAAAUGUGCCACCAAUUCUUGUCCGUCAACGCCUUCGAGACCUCAUUCGUCUAUGUCGAUGCAUAAUGCAUCAGCAAAGAAAAAGGUGUUGCCGAGAAACGGAAAUGUACUUUUGCAAGUCGUCUUGCCGCCAGGAUUACACAGGUCCGCAACAAACCCUGAAAACAUUUUCUCUCAUUCCGCUACUAGCAACGAUACUUUCAUGGACCAACCCGAUAAUUUUUAUCGAGUUCAGCCUUCGUCUGCAUUUGAAAGAGAAUUGUCAGUGAUAUCAAGUCAAGCAAAGAGACUGGGGUCCGAACACUCUACUAAUUAUCAGACAUCUUCGCCAAAAGAGAAAGAUCAAAUGUUUAGGGGUUCGUUGUCUUUGGUAUUGAGUUGUGCCUAUGGUUUGCUUAUUGUAGUCUCCUCCUCAAUAGUGUACAUUCACGAUGUAUUUCAAGACGUAUCUCCACUUUACGAGAUAUUAACUUUUUACCUCAUUUUGGUUGCGGCAGCUUAUUUAGUGUUUCUUGUGAUAGACAUUAGGAUAUAUCUUAAUCAAAAAAAUAAAUACAUUGACGUGUUAAAAAAGGAAGAAAUUAAUGAAAUACAAUUGCAAGAAUAUCCUGAGGGGGCACUGCAUUUCACAGUACCUUUACCCGAGAAUUCAAUGAGUACAAAGCCAUUACCACACAAUUAUUGUUUUGUAAGGGGUCGUCACUCAGAACUGCUGUAUUUAAAGAUAGGAGCUACAGCAUUUUGUCUUGGCCAUCUAAUACACAGUGUUGUCAUAUUGGUUUAUCAAUUUAUAUACAUUUCUGACGGUGGUGAUGAUUAUUUUGAAUGUGGAAGUGUAUCGACUUUGAUCAUGGAUAUUAUAUACCCUUGUUACUCUUUGGUACUGCUAUUUUUUAUAUUCAAAUAUGCAAACAUUAUAAUCAAUCGGCAUACUGUGCUGGCGAGGUUUGGAUUGAUGCACUGCAUCGCCUCGAGUUUAUCAUUUUGGAUAUGGACAAUUAUUAAGGAAACCGCCAAUUUGUUAAGAGCAAAACAAUCCUACAAUGACUACAAUAAAAAUUCAAUGUCAGACACUGAAGAUAGACAUUUCACUUUUCCAAAAAUUGCCUAUAGUUUAGACAAGUCUGUUGAUAAACAGCCGAUGUUGUCUCAUGCAAAAUGCGAUUCUGAAGUAUUCAACGAUAUUUAUACGUCAGUAUCGCCGUAUUUAUACCCAUUUAGUGUUGAAUUUAGUAUUCUAGCAGUCGGUGUUCUCAUGAUGGUAUACAUGAACAUUGCCGAAUGUAAGCGUUAUCAAGAUGAAGAAAACAGCCAAGAAUGUCACAACUACCUGGAAGAAAGUGAAGAAAGCAAUAUAGUAAUCCAUUUGGACUGUCAUUCGUCAAGCAAGGGCCUCUUCUUUGGAAUAAUUGCAUUUAUAAUCAGCGCAAACAGUGUCAUACUCUUUUUCGUUGUUAUGAACAAUGAGUCUUUAGUUUACACUACGAAGCAAAUAAAUACCACUACAGAGGGACUAAUAGGGCUAGCAAUGCUAAUUGUCUCAAUUCUGGCAUAUGAGAAAAUACGAAAAUUGGACGUUAAUCCCCAUGGACUUACUCCUUUGGACGACAUUUUAUUAUUCAUAUGUUUACCAGCAUUCUUCGCUUAUUUCUUAUUAAGUUUAUAUCCCAUGAUAUACUAUGGAAACAUCUUAUACUCCAUUUCCUUAUUCAUAGAGAUAACCCAGGUGUUGAUACAAACACCCCUUAUCGUCGACGGGUUGAGAAGAUGUUCAAACGACAGAGAAUUGCGAAAAACAAAGCCCGGACGAGAACUUAUGAUGUUCCUAAUAAUUGCGAACGUUGCAAUUUGGAUUAACGAAACUUUUACAUAUAAGGGUGACUCCGACGAGAGGUACGACUACUACGGUACCACCAAAUGGGUUAUCGGCGGACAUAUAGCUUUACCCCUUAAAAUGUUCUACCGUUUUCAUUCGUCUGUGUGUCUAGUAGACAUUUGGAAAUACGCGUACGAACCUAGCAAAGGUCAUUGAGUAUAUUUAUGAUUUUUUAAUAAACACAUCAUAUUAAUAGCUGCAGAAAAAACACUCGUUGAAAACUUUCACUUAAUUUAUUACCUACAAGACCAACUUAAAAAAAGGACUAAUUCGUGUAAGACUAUAUGAAGAUGACCUCCCAGGACGAAACUUGUUAACAAUUACAAUAAAUUAAGUGAACAUUUUCAACAAGUAUUAUUUCUACAAAUAUCGGUAUGCUUAAGUUUCCCAUAAUUAGAGGUCAACUCUAUCAUAUUUUUUUUAAGAAUAACCUCUCAUGCUCCUUAAUAGUUUCAUGAUAUUAUCAUCAAUUAUACCUAUAUUUAGCAAUUACUUAUUUUUAAUUGUUGUAAC